AUGCCUCCAUCCGAUGUGGCUGACCGGGAAAUUCUCCCUGACAAUAUCAAAGCCAUCAAUUAUGAUAUUUCCAUCCACGACCUUGAGAUGGGAGGUGCCUUUGGCUACCAGGGAACCGUGAACAUUCUCUCGAAAAUUGUGAAGCCUUCUAAGGAUAUCACGUUGAAUACACAUGAGAUCAAAAUUCACAGUGCAGAGCUUCUGUCUGGAGAUAAGUCUUUCAAGUCCACGGGUACUUCCUACGAUUCAGCAAAGCAACGUGCAACACUCGCCUUUGCGGAUGAAAUUCCUGUUGCUGAAAACGCAAACCUGGUGAUCAAAUUUCAGGGAACCAUUAACAAUGAUAUGGCAGGGUUUUACCGCUCUAAAUACAAGCCCACUGUUGCCCCAGCACCAUCGGUGGCUAAAGAUGGAGAAGACCAUGUCAUGUUUUCUACCCAAUUCGAGAGUUGUGACGCUCGUAGAGCUUUCCCGUGCUUCGAUGAGCCCAAUCUCAAAGCUACCUUUGAUUUUGAAAUCGAGCUGCCAGACGAUCAAGUUGCUUUGAGUAACAUGCCCGAGAAGGGCACCCGAAAAUCCAAGGACGGCUUCAAGGUCGUCUCCUUCGACAGAACUCCCGUCAUGAGCACGUAUCUACUCACAUGGGCUGUCGGUGAUUUCGAGUAUAUUGAAGACUUCACCAAGAGAAAGUAUAAGGGCAAACACUUGCCGGUUCGAGUUUAUACUACCCGAGGACUGAAGAGUCAAGCUCAGUAUGCUCUUGAUCACGCUCCUCAAAUCAUUGAUUACUUCUCUGAGAUCUUUGAUAUCGAAUACCCUCUUCCCAAGUCUGAUCUACUGGCUGUUCACGAAUUUUCUCACGGUGCAAUGGAGGGCUGGGGUCUGGUAACCUACAGGACAACAGCAGUUCUAUUUGACGAGAAAACAUCUGACUCAAAAUACAAAAACAGAAUUGCCUACGUAGUUGCACACGAACUAGCCCACCAGUGGUUUGGAAAUCUUGUGACCAUGGACUGGUGGAGCGAGCUAUGGCUGAAUGAAGGGUUCGCUACUUGGGUUGGUUGGUUGGCUACAGAUAAAAUUCAUCCGGAAUGGAACGUCUGGUCGCAAUUUGUCUCGGAAGGCAUGCAAACUGCUUUCACAUUGGACUCUCUCCGCAGCUCCCACCCAAUAGAAGUACCCGUUCGGGACGGCCUAGAUGUCGACCAAGUCUUUGAUGCAAUUAGUUACUUGAAAGGUAGCUCUACUAUUCGUAUGCUUGCCACCCACCUCGGCCAGGAAACUUUCCUGAAAGGUGUAUCCAAUUACCUGAAAGCUCAUGCUUACGGCAAUGCUACCACAAAUGACUUGUGGUCAGCACUAAGUGAAGCUUCGGGCCAAGACAUUAACAGCUUGAUUGAUCCUUGGGUCCGUAAAAUCGGUUUCCCUGUACUCACAGUAGCCGAAGAACCAGGACAAAUUGGAAUUAAGCAAUCGAGAUAUCUUUCCACAGGCGAUGUGAAGCCAGAUGAGGAUACGACGACUUGGUGGGUUCCUCUAGGGCUUCAAGGUAAAACAGGGACGAAAGGUACGACCUCGAUUGCACUUACGCAAAAAGAGGAUACCAUUAGAGACAUUGAUGAUACAUUCUACAAGAUCAACAAAGAUAAUGCGGGUUUCUACCGUGUCAACUAUCCUCCAGCUAGAUUGGCUAAAUUGGGCUCUCAAAUUGACCAGCUGAGCACUAUGGACAAAAUUGGUUUGGUCGGUGAUGCUGGCGCGUUGGCUCUUUCGGGACAGGCCACAACUUCAGGACUAUUGGCUUUUGCUGAGGGUCUCCAGUCGGAAACAGACUAUUUGGUUUGGUCGCAGAUAUUAGAUUCUCUAGGAACUGUCAAGUCAAUAUUUUCUGAUAAUCAGGAGAUCCAUGCGGGCUUGCAAAAAUUCACGCUCAAGUUGAUUACACCUGCUGUAGAAAGAAUUGGCAUCGAGCAAAAGCCUGAUGAUGACUUUCUCACAACACGUCUACGCUCGCUACUCGUUAUCAGUGCCGGUUUGAAUGGCCACGAAAAGAUUAUUUCCGAGGCCAAAAAGCGCUUUGAGCUCUACACAAGUGGGUCUGACAAGUCUGCUAUCAACUCUAAUCUUCGUGCUGCUAUUUUUGGUAUCGCCAUGCGCCUUGGGGAUGCUCCGGAAUAUCAUGCCCUGAAAAAGGAGUGGCAAACAACCCUCUCCGUCGAUGGAAAAGAAAUCGCUCUGCGAGCCAUGGGACGUCUUCAAAGCCUCGACCUGCUUCCAGAUUAUCUAGACUUCGUAUUCGAGGAAGUCGCAACUCAAGACAAGCAUACAGCAGGUAUGGCACUCGCUGCUAACCCCAAAACCCGAGCAGCAUUCUGGCAAUACAUCCAAGACAACUUCCAAGCCAUCUACGAUUCUCUGUCGAAGAACAUGGUUGUUCUAGAUCGCUUCCUGAAGACUAGUUUGUCCAAGUUCGAUUCCAGAGAGAUGGAACAGGAAAUUGCAAAGUUCUUCGAGGGCAAGGAUAAUCGUGGAUAUGAUCGUACACUGGGAGUUAUUAAGGAUACGAUCUUGACGAGAGCUGCGUAUAAGGAGAGGGAUGCUGAGGUUGUGCUGGAGUGGUUGAAGGCUAAUGGAUAUGCUUAG